AUGUCGGACCCAUCCGCUUCGUCUUCGGCCUCUCCGAACUGGUCAAGUGACCGCUUCUUCCAGACACAAUCGGCGCCGCCGAAUCUCGCCGAGGUCUCGGCCUCUGCUUCGGACUUCGUCCAACGUCACAUCAACCAAGCUCGACCCGUCGUUCUCGUCACUUCAGGCGGAACAACAGUGCCUCUGGAAAAGAACGUCGUCCGAUUCCUCGACAACUUCUCCGCAGGAACUCGAGGAGCUACGUCCGCCGAAUACUUCCUCUCGGCCGGCUACGCUGUCAUCUUUAUGAGUCGACAACAUUCUCUCGCUCCGUAUACUCGACACUACAGUCAUACGACAAACCCUUUCUUAGACCUGCUCGCGGAUCCAGCUACCCACGUUCACACCGACUCGCCUGCUUCCGGUACAGGAGAGGAUGACAUUACCGUUCUCAAGCAACACGUCGCCCAUCUUCGACCCAUCCUCUCGGCCUACCAUCAUGCGCGUACAUCUGGCCUGCUACAUACCGUUCCCUUUGUGACUGUCAAUGACUACCUCUGGCUGCUACGAGAGAUGUCUCGUGUUAUGCAACCGCUAGGUCGCAACGGGAUGUACUAUCUCGCUGCUGCAGUCAGUGAUUUCUUCAUCCCCUCGACAAACGUUCCCGAACAUAAAAUCCAGUCUGGAAAGGGCUCUCUUGUGAUCCAAAUGGAUCAGGUUCCAAAAGUGCUCAAGCCCAUGGUCGAACAGUGGGUACCAGAGGGGUAUCUGGUCAGCUUCAAGCUGGAAACCGACCCGAAGCUGCUCAUUCCAAAAGCUGUCGCAGCAUUGCAAAGGUACGGUCAUCAACUUGUCAUCGGUAACGACCUAAACAGAAGAAAGUUCGAGGUUGUCUUUGUAGAGCGUGAUAGCAACAACACAGGCUCACCCUCAACCUCGCAAACACAACCACAACCACAACGGCCAAUAGAUCGAGUCAACGUCGACGGUCAGCACUUUACUGCUACAUGGAUGCGUCUUUCUGACAGCCUCACAGAAGGAGGCGGAAAGGGCGGCGAAAAGGAACUCGAGGAGGACAUCAUUCGCGAGCUGUGUACACGUCACCAACAAUGGAUUGCCAAAGCUACUCCGACGGCAUCUAGAUUUUAA